GAGAAGAGAAGAGAAGAGUGUUCUGGAGCUUAGGCACUUUCUAGAAUAUUUAAACAGUGUGCAGAAGGUAAAUUUUUAAGGUAAAUUGUAAAUGGACUGUUACUUAUAUAACGCCUUUUUGCUCUAACGGAGCAUGCAAAGUGCUUUUCCCCACUAGCCUCAUUCAACCAAACACACACACACAUUCAUGCAGGUGCUUGUUUCUACCCCUCAGCCCCUUGUAUAACAUUUGUGCACAGAUUCACACUCCGACUCUGGGUUCAGUCACUUGCCCAACGAUACUAUGGCAUGCAGAUUGAAGACUCAAUCCACUGACCGGGGUCAGAAGGUAGAGCAGGCUGACACUGGAAGUUUUGUUCCAUGUAAAAAAGAGGACUCCUCUAAUCAUCUCUGCCAAUAACAAUGGCUUGGUCGAUCUAAUUACUUUGAUAGUAUUCAAUAUAACUUGAUCAAAUACGCCAAGAGGAGAGCCUUAUUAUGUAAAAAGUGAAGAUACUGGUUGUGGUCUAAUCUUAAGUCGUAUUGUAUCCUUAUAUCAAAAAGCCUGUAGCUUUGUUCCACUAUUGAUAUUAGCAACAGGAAGUUAGCAUGGUUGCUAGUAAAGCUUGCCACACAAGCCUCUGUUUUUAAAAGGGUGCGUCUGUUUUGCAUAUGUUAACAGGGAAAUUUUGGCUGGACAGCUGAGCAUUGCAGUGAAGAUUGAAGGCAGGAGGAGGGGAGCUGUGACACUGAAAUGCCAAAGCCAUAAAUGAACGAAACAGCUAAAGAUUAGGGAAACAGUACUGAGUCACAUUCCAUCUUCAGCUUAAUAUAGGUUCAUAUAUAAUAUAUAUUGGGAGAUAUUGUAAAACUUAUCUCAACCAGGUUUUUUUUUUUUCAUUGCUUGAUUUUGACCUAAAAACAUUUGAUUGUUUGGGUGCUUCAUUUAUUUUCUCGUUCUCCAUAUUCUUGUCUUUUGGGUAAGAAGACAACUCAAAAGCUAAAGCUAAGAGUGAGAAACUCCUGAUGCUGGUAGCAGGGUUGUUAUGUAAUUCAUCUGAAAUAAUAUUAUUUACAUUGUGCCAAACAGCACUACGUCUUUAAAAUGAUGACAGUUUACCUGCAGUGAGAGGCGGAGCUACACUGGAAAGAAGGAAACAUGAGAACAUAACAUGACUGAAGGAAAAAUGAAAGUAAACACAAGACUCAUCUGAACUCAAGGUGAGGCUGAUCCUUACAACUCUCUGAAAAACUUCCAGUAAAGUGUCGCUGAUACGACUAAAACUUUGACAGGUACGCGCUGUGACACCAUGGCAACCAGCUAUCUGUCUGAAGAUCAGUUUCUGUGCUCCAUCUGUCUGGAGGUCUUCACUGAUCCAGUCACCAUCCCGUGUGGACACAACUUCUGCAAGAACUGCAUCACAGAAAACUGGAAUAUUAGUGUCUGCUGUCAAUGUCCACUGUGUGUUAAGGUUUUCCACAGCAGACCAGAGCUUAACGUCAACACCUUCUUAUCUGAGAUGGUGGAUAAGUUCAAACAGUCCGCUGUAAAGAAAAGUGGCAGAUCAGAGGAACGGCAAGCCGAAUCAGGAGAAGUUUCAUGUGAGAUGUGCAGUGAAACCAAGAUGAAGGCUGUGAAGUCCUGCCUGGAGUGUCUAACUUCCUACUGUGAGACUCACCUGGAGCCUCAUCACAGAGUCCCAGGCCUGAAAAGGCAUCAGCUGAUUGAUCCUGUAAAGAACCUCGAAGACAGAAUCUGUAAGGAGCAUAACAGACCUUUAGAGUUCUUCUGCAAGACUGACCGGGUGCCAGUGUGUCAGUUUUGCAAGCAGUCCAAUCACAAGGGACAUCUCAUCAUUCCUUUAAAAACAGAAUAUGAGCAAAAGAAGGCUGAAGUGGAAGCAAGAGAGGGUAAAAUUCAUCAGAUGAUCAGAGAAAGACAAAAGAAAAUAAACAACUUCAGAGAAUUGUUAACGUGCAGCAAGGAAGCUGCAGAGAGAGAGAAAACAGCAAGUGAGCAAAUAUUUGACAGUCUGAUCAAGUGUAUAGAAGAAAGUCGGAAUCAGCUCGAUGAUGUGAUCGAAGGGAUGCAGAAAACAACAGAGAGCCAGGCUCAAGGCUUCAUCAAAGAGCUGGAGGAAGAAGUGUCUGAGCUGAGGAUGAACAUCUCUGAGCUGGAGCAGCUCUCACACACUCGAGACCACCUCCAGUUUCUCCAAAGUUUACCAUCCCUGAACCCUGUUCCACCCACCAAAGACUGGACCGAGGUCACAGUUCACUCAUCAUACGAGGGGACAGUGAAGAAAGCUGUUGCUCAGCUGGAGCAGAGACUCAGUAAAGAGAUGAAGAAGCUGUGCGAUGAUGUGGAGCUGAAGAGGGUUCAGCAGUACGCAGUGGAUGUGACUCUGGAUCCCGACACAGCACAUCCUAACCUCGUCCUGUCCGAUAAUGGGAAACAAGUAACUAGUUGUAACAAAAGGCAGAAUUUCCCCGAGACGCCCAAGAGAUGCACUUAUUACACAAAUGUUCUGGGAAAGCAGGGGUUUUCCUCCGGAAGAUUUUACUAUGAAGUUCAGGUCAAUGAAAAACCUCAGUGGGAUUUAGGAGUGGCCAAAGAGUCAAUAAACAGGAAAGAGAAAAAGCCACUGUGCCCCAGGAAUGGCUACUGGACCAUUCGGCUGAGAAAUGGAAAUCAGUACAAAGCUCUUGUUGGCCCCUCAAUCUGUCUCAGUCUGAAAGCAGAGCCACAGAAAGUGGGGGUGUUUGUGGACUAUGAAGAGGGUCUGGUGUCUUUUUAUGAUGUAGGAGCAGCAGCUCUCAUCUACUCCUUUACUGGCUGUAACUUCACUGAGAAACUCUACCCAUUAUUCAGUCCUUGUUUUGAUGAAGGUGGUGCAAACUCCACCCCUCUGAUUAUCUCUUCUGUUCUUCCAAAACAUUAGACUCAGUAUUUAUUCCUUCUUAGACAAACUACUGGUCAAAAUAUGUUUGUAUGGCAAAAGAAGUCUAUGUGAAUGAAAUGAUUUGGUGUGGUGGUGGGAAUGUUGUGUUUGCUUCAGUGGAGUGGGCAGCUUUAAAUUCUGUGUUCCACCAAAGAGAGCUUGAUGAGGCCAUUUGUUUUAUAGCUGAAGUUGAACUCUUAAGUUCUGUAUUAACUUAUUUGUUUUCAUUCAUUAUUUCAUAAAUUAUUAAAAUAUACAACUUGCUUGUUCAGUUCUUUGGUCCUUGUCAGUAUGCAGUAUUUCAACUCAAAUGGGGAAAAGAAAACUCAACUCAUAGAUGAGAAAAUUGAAGACAUGAGAAAAGAAAAGUGUCAUGGUCCGUUGAAGUGUCUGGAGGUUUUCCAUCUGUGGCUGCGGGUCCUCCUCUUUUGGAUGGGACCUCCCCUGCCUCACCUG